GACGAAUCUCUUAUCACAGUAUUGCGGAAAAUUAAAAAUAAAUAGAUUAGAAAAAAACGUACUGCGAAUUUCAGGUGUUUUAUGUAAUAUUGUGAAACAUUACAAGUAAUAAAACCGUAGACCUACCUAUUUCAACGACGUAAUUUUAUUCGUGUUCAACAGAAUGAAUUCAAUGAGUUCGCAACCCAAAUUUACGGAAGAAAGAAGACGCAGGUUGGUUCUGGGCGAAUUACCACAAGAUUUUCUGCGAGUUUCGAGUCAACCGCUGCCGGACGCCGAUCAACAGUUAGCUAUUGCUUUAGAUAGACAACUGAAUGCUCCAACAUGUUCUCCUAUGGGACGUCUAAACAUUACCGUAGAUCAGGCAAAACUAGUGAAAAAUUACGGUAUAGCUAGAAUGGAUCCAUACGCUCGAUUAAGAGUAGGUCAUUGCGUCUAUGAAACUCAAACUGACAGCAACGGUGGCAAAAAUCCCAGAUGGAAUAAAGUGGUUCAAUGUUUGUUACCAGCUGGUGUGAAUACCAUAAGCGUUGAAAUCUACGACGAAUGUUCAUUCACAAUGGACGAAUUAAUUGCUUGGGCUCAGGUAUCCAUUCCAGCUUCGGUAUUCGCCGGCCAAACUCACGAAGAAUGGUUUCCUCUCAGUGGAAAACAAGGCGAAGGUCAAGAAGGUGCUAUUAAUCUAGUUCUCAGUUAUUCAACGGCUCCUGUAUCGUAUGGUAUUGCUGCCGCUCCUCCUGUCAUGAUGGUGCCUCGUACGGGCACUGGAAUGUUGGGAUACGGUGCCUACGCUCCCGUUCCAGUGUACCAAACGCCAUAUCCCCCUCCACAAGCAGCAGCCCCUCAAAUAUCAGCCGAAGAUUUAAAAAUGGUUGAAGAAAUGUUCCCGAAUUUGGACAAAGAAGUCGUUAAAUCCGUUCUUGAAGCAAACGGCGGAAAUAAAGACGCGGCUAUUAAUUCUUUAUUGCAAGUGUCCCAAUAGGCACUACGUUUUCGUGUUAUUUUUUUCGCCAUAUUUAACAACUUUCUCAUACUACGAUCUAACGAAACGCUAGAAUGUUUUUAUUUUACGUUUUUUUAAGGAAAUCUUUUUACCAUAGAAUAAGUUUCAUAUUUUACCGUUUUCGCAAUUGUAUUUGCAUUUAAUAUGUAUAUAAACUGAAUGUAUUUUGGACAUAUCGGAGGAAUUGAGGAGUCGAUUUGUGAGCCAGCAAACGUUUUUUGGAUUCAACGACCUCGUCAAGUGGACUCCCUUUUGUACACAUUCCCUUGAUAUUUCAUUCCUAGAUUUAUCUAGAUGAUAUCAAAUCAUUUUGAGAUGAGAUUAUUUUAAUUAGCACAUGAUUUGUUAUAUUAUAAUAGUUCAUUACAAUAAAAAUAUUUAUUGCUUUUGUUA